AUCUGGCCUUAAUCAGAAAGAAUCGAAUGGCAUUGUUUCAGCGCUUGACAUGUACGCUUCCUAUCCUGGAAAGUUUAUUAAGUUCCAAAGUAAUAAGUGACCAGGAACACCAAGUUAUUAAACAAAAAACCCAGACAUCUUUGCAAGCUAGAGAACUGAUUGACACCAUCUUGGUGAAAGGAAAUUCUGCAGCAGACAUAUUCAGAAAUUGUUUACAGGAGUGUGAUCCUGCAUUAUACAAGGAUUUGUUUGUGGAGAAGAAUAUGACAUACAUUCCAACGGAAGAUGUUUCAGGUAAAUAAUUUAUUAAAUAGACGUGAAUGGUAUAUGGAAUAUAAGGAUUGCAAUGUUUUUAAGAACAGGUUACGCUGAAAUAGCUCAUAAUAGGAAUUACGAAUGUUUAUAAAACUGAGCUGGCUUAAUAUUUUGAGUAUUUCAAAAUUUAGUUUGAUAAGAUGGAUGCAUCUUAUCAAGAUUGGGAAAUCUUUGGGCCUGAAAUAGAAUAUUCUUCCUUUCUUCAAUAGUGUCUCAACUAUUGAGUUGGUGAUAGGAACCAAUCUGGGUCAGUGACACAUUCUGA